AUGUCUGCCGAUCUGAACGUCGAUAUCCACAACGUUGCGUCCGAAGCCGACGUGGACGUGAGCUCGUCGCUCUCUCAGCCGCUUCCCACCACACCGGCGAUGGCACGCACCGAAGCCAUGUCGCUUCUGGCGCUGCAAAAACAGCUCGACGGCUCGAUGCAGCGUCACCUCGAUGUGCUCGCUGCCAACGGCGUCACCAUGCAAACCCCCCUCAUCGAUGCCCAAGGCUUUCCGCUGGCAGAUAAGGAUCUCAUGGCGAUUCGAACAGCACGCCAACGCAUCAAUGUGCUUCGCAACGACUCGCACGCCCUCCGAGACCGUGUAGCAAAGCUGCUCGAACUCGCCAUCAAUGGAGACACCCCCGCGUCGAAUCCCGCUAGCAGUACACAGAAGGAGGUGAAGAUGGAUGCGUUUGCCCGAGUCAAUAGCGUGGCUGACAGCAGUCCGGCACAGGCUGCAGGGCUGCGCGAGGGAGAUCGCGUGGUGAAGUUCGGAAGCGUCACGGCACAACAUCCACAGGGACUCGCAGCACUCGCCGCGCAAGGUGCCGUGGUCGAUGGCACACCCAUUCAGCUGCUGGUGAGCAGGGGAGGUAGCAGUGCACAGGUGGAGAUCACGUUGGUGCCCAGGGCAGGCUGGGGCGGAAGAGGGUUGCUUGGCUGUCACCUCGUCCCCAUCUAG